UCUCCUCGUCACUUCCCAGUUCACUCAGGUGACAGCUGCUCAAACGUCGCCGUUUUUAGACUUACAUCGUUGUGUCGGGAUUUAUCUUCCAGUUUGCGCCGUCUGGAUAAUUCGUUACUACUUCUACUCCCCAUUUUCUCCAUCUACAAAACAAUUCCCAGGAAAAAAGGAUAAAUUUUGUUAAAAUACUCGCCGGAAAUCUGAAACGCUAAACCCCGGCGAUGUCUUUACCGCCAGUUGGGGGUGAUCUUCCAACUUUUCCGCCAUUAACGCCAUCGCCGCCGCUACUGGCACACAAUGCAACCAACCCAACUCCUCUGGUGAACUCCACUAGUACAACUAGUGCUCCUCCACCGGUGGUUCUACUGCUGCCGCCUCCAACUUCUGGUAAUAUGACUCCAGAGGUGGCUCCGCCUCCACCACCACGGCCAGACACGUCAAACAGAAAUACUACAUUGAUAGCACUGGGUGUGGGGAUUGGUAUAGGCGGGGGGAUUGUGCUUGUUUGCCUGGUUAUUUUUGUCUUUUGGUACAAGAGGAGAAAAAGGCACCUUGGAUUGAACAGCUUUGCUUAUGCUCCUGAGCAAGGGCCAAAAGACUCUUCCGGUGGUCCACACCAUCACUGGCAACAGACUGCUCCACCGCUGACUGGCAACAGGGUUGGAAUGCUGCCAAAACCUAGUGUUUUGUCACAUCACCAGCUGCCUUCGAUGGAUGGUUAUAAUCCACUGUCACCACCUUCUUUAGAUAGUGGCUUGAGCAAUGAGGAGCCUGCUCCACAACCAAGCACUAAUACUAGUUCGGGUUUCACAAAAACUACAUUCACAUAUGAAGAGCUAGCACUUGCCACAAAUGGUUUCUCCAGCACCAACCUCCUUGGCCAAGGUGGGUUUGGAUAUGUGCACAAGGGAAUACUUCGUGAUGGGAAAGAGGUUGCAAUUAAACAGUUAAAAGCUGGUAGUGGUCAAGGGGAGCGUGAAUUUCAGGCGGAGGUUGAGACCAUAAGUCGUGUUCAUCACAAGCAUCUGGUAUCACUUGUUGGGUACUGCAUUUCAGGGGCAGAGAGACUGCUGGUAUAUGAAUUCGUUCCAAAUAAAACCUUGGAGUUCCACUUACACGGGAAGGAGAAGCCUCCUAUAAACUGGGAAACUCGGAUGAAAAUUGCUCUAGGUUCUGCAAAUGGAUUGGCAUAUCUGCAUGACACCAGUCGACCCAAGAUUAUACACCGUGAUAUCAAGUCUCCUAACAUCCUUCUCGAUGACGACUUCAACGCCAAGGUAGCAGAUUUCGGGCUUGCUAGGUUCUAUUCAGACACUGAUACCCAUGUCUCUACCCGUGUAAUGGGAACCUUUGGUUAUUUAGCUCCAGAGUAUGCUCUCACUGGCAAACUAACGGAUAAGUCGGACGUCUUCUCCUUUGGAGUCGUGCUUUUGGAGUUGAUCACUGGACAGAGACCAAUUGAUAAAGGUCAACCCUACCUUGAUGGUAAUAUAGUUGAUUGGGCUAGGCCUUUGCUUACACAAGCUCUGGAUACUGGCAACUUUGAUACUCUAGCUGAUCCUAGGUUGCAGAAGGAUUAUAACUCCACUGAGAUGGCUCGUAUGGUUACUUGUGCUUCUGUAUGCAUUCGUCAUUUGGCACGACGAAGGCCACGAAUGAGUCAGAUAGUUCGAGCUUUAGAAGGAAAAAUAUCCCUGGACGACUUAAACGAUGGUAUUCGACCUGGAAACAGUGCAAUAUAUGAUCCUCAUGGGAGCUCAGAUUUUGAAGCCACAUACGAUACCUUUCAGUACAAAGAGGACCUGAGGAAAUUCAAGAAGAUGGCUCUAGAAAGCGUUGAACACAAAAAUUCGAGCGAAUGCAGUGGACCAACCAGCGAUUUUGGUCUGCACCCCUCGUGCUCCAGCAGCGACGGUCUAAGGACAACUCAAGAGAUGAGCUGAGCCCUGAUUGUUGAGAUACUACUCGGAGGUAGGAACUGUAAUGGUGCUUUUUUCAAAUUAUUUUAGACCUCACUGGCUUCUUUAAACCAUGCAUUAACUAACGAACUAAGACUUAUUUUUUA